AUGUCUGAAACAAAUGAAAAUGUUUCAUAUGAAGGAAAAUCUUCAACAACAUCUUCUGAUUUUCUUCAUGAAUAUUUACAAAAAACAAAUUUAUCAACAACAGCAAGUCUCAAUCAAUUUAUAAAAGAUCAUCAUAUUUCACGUGAUGAAAAUGAAACAGAUGAAGCAUUUACAAAACGUGUUAAAAAAAUUAAUUAUUUAAAUUUAGCACAACAAUUAAUUCGUAAUAGUAGUCAAAAUUCAACUACACGUCAGAUUAUUAAACCUGAAUUAAAAUCAUUAAAUCAUGAAUCUUUACCAAAGUCUAUAGCACCAAUUAAACGAAUGAAACCUGUUUUUUCACCAGCUGAAGAUCCAGAUUUUGAUGAUGAAUUUGAAUUAGAUGAUAAUAAUUCUCGAGAUAUUUAUGAUGAAUCAACAUCAUCAUCAUCAUCAUCAAGUGAUGAUGAAGAUAUUCAUCUUCAACAACAUCGUUCAAUAUCAUUUAAAACUAAUCAUACAUUUGCAAAUGAUAUUAAACAAAAAUUAUCAAAUCUUGCUGCUGAUGUUGUACGUACAUUUGGUACAUCAAAUAUAAUAGGAGAUGAUGAUUUAACUAAACCUUUAUCAACAACUACUUCAUUUUCAUCACGAUUAUUCUCUAAUCGAAUAAAAGAAACAAAUAAUCAAACAACAAUACAAGAAUUAUCUUCUCAAAUAAAUAAUGAUCCUGAUAUUGUUUCAGAUAAUGAUGAUGAUAAUAAUGAUGCAGAUUUAUUAUAUACAAAUGAAAGUUUAUUACCACAAGUUGAUUGGGAAAAUCUUGAAAGACAACUUAAACAAGCACAAAUUGAACGAGAACGAUAUGAUAAGGUAUUUAAUUCAAAUAGUAUAUAA